CUACACAUACCUAAUAACAUCACGCCCUCGGCGUUUGCCAACUAUGGUUCUUCUAGUGUGGUAAAUGUUGGUAUGCCUGCCUCAUAGGCUUUCACUUGCCAAAAUAUUUUUGUAAACCAACGCCGACCAUAUUUAUAUGAGAGGUGCGUCGCUCCGGCCUUCUAAGCAGGAUCAGUUCAGCAAUAAGAUCUGAAAACUCCUUUGGUCGACCUUUUCUUAUAGCAAAAUGGUGGUCGGCGCACCAAAGCCCGGUGAGAACACUCUCCCGGAAUGCACUCCUGGGAAGGCUGCCAUUCUUGCUCUAGGAAAAGCAUUCCCUCACCAACUGGUCAUUCAGGACUACCUUGUUGAUGGCUACUUCAAGAACACCAACUGUGAUGAUCUGUACCUGAAGCAGAAGCUGGCUAGGCUAUGCAAGUCUACCACAGUGAAAACAAGAUACGUGGUGAUGUCAGAAGAGAUCUUGAAGAAAUAUCCGGAGCUAGCAGUAGAGGGUCUACCAACAGUGAGGCAGAGGCUGGACGUAUCCAAUGAAGCAGUAACCAAAAUGGCCAUUGAGGCAUCAAGGUCAUGUGUAAAGCAAUGGGGCAGACCCGCAUCAGACAUAACCCACCUGGUUUAUGUCUCUUCAAGUGAAGCCAGGCUCCCUGGAGGUGACCUCCACCUAGCCAGGGGACUUGGCCUGAACCCGGACGUUUGCAGGGUCCUGCUUUACUUCAUGGGCUGCUCCGGUGGAGUCGGGGGCCUAAGAGUAGCCAAGGACAUAGCCGAGAACAACCCCGGCAGUCGAGUUCUCCUCGCAACAUCAGAGACCACCAUCAUCGGAUUCCGGCCGCCCAGUGCCGACCGGCCAUAUGACCUUGUUGGAGCUGCAUUGUUCGGAGAUGGUGCCGGUGCGAUGAUCCUGGGCACCGAUCCAGUUCCGGGGGUGGAACGGCCGUCUUUCGAGCUACACUACGCAGUCCAGACCUUUUUGCCCAACACAGAGAAGACCAUUGAUGGGAGGUUGACAGAGGAAGGCAUAAAUUUCAAGUUGGGGAGGGACCUGCCGGAGAUAAUUGAGGACCAUGUGGAAGAAUUCUGCAUGAAGCUGAUGAAGAAGGCAGGAUUUGAGGGGGAGCAGUACAAUAGGAUGUUCUGGGCAGUUCAUCCUGGGGGCCCAGCCAUACUCAACAGGCUGGAGAAGAGGCUGAACCUGUUGCCGGAGAAGCUGAGUUGCAGCAGGAGAGCACUGAGUGACUAUGGCAAUGCAAGCAGCAACACGAUUGUGUAUGUGAUGGAUUACAUGAUAGAAGAGAGCACGAAGUUGAGGGAGAGAGGAGAGAAGGACAGUGAGUGGGGGUUGAUUCUGGCUUUCGGCCCUGGGAUCACGUUUGAGGGGAUUCUUGCCAAGAAAAUUGUGUGAAGUCUCCCUAAGUUUUAAUCCUUUUUUCCCUUUAAGGUAGCCAUUAAUGUGGCUCUUAUGCUUUUCCUGCUCGCAAUUCGAAAGAAACCGCUGGCCCGCUCUCUCAAAAUUGUGAGGAAAUGCUGAUUUACUACUA